AAAAAAGGAAAACGGAGCACCGCCUUGGCAAUUGGAUUUUGUAGUUCCGGGUCUGAAGUUGGAUAUCAUACGAGCUGCGGGAGGUUCAUAUUUUGUAAGUUGAUGUUUGCAGUCCACCGCCCAGGAGCCCAGAAUGUUGACACAAUCCGCUUAAAACUCAAUCCAGAAACCGCGCUUUCUCGUCUGAGGAAGCACCUCACCUCUAGGCUCUAACUCUCUAAGUAGGAGUGGUAAUUAGAGUAAUAAUAAUAAAAAAAAAGCCCUAAUCCCUUCGGGAAGGAAUCAGGUCUGCUGCAGUUGAAUUCAGCUCAACCUCGGCUGAAUACAAGUUGGACGAUGGGGAAGAAACAGCACAGCAAAGAUCGGUUGUUCCUAACGAAGACGGAAUGGGCAACGGAGUGGGGAGGUGCAAAAUCCAAAGAAAUUCGCACGCCUUUCAAACGCCUCCCUUUCUAUUGCUGCGCUCUUACGUUCACCCCAUUCGAGGAUCCGGUUUGCACCAAAGACGGCAACGUCUUCGACAUCAUGAACAUAGUUCCUUACAUUAGGAAGUUUGGGAAGAAUCCGGUUACCGGGGCUCCGCUCAAGCCAGAGGACUUAAUUCCACUUACUUUCCAUAAGAAUGCUGAAGGCGAAUAUCAUUGUCCAGUGCUGAAUAAGGUUUUUACAGAGUUUACACACAUAGUUGCAGUGAAGACUACUGGGAAUGUGUUCUGUUAUGAGGCUAUUAAAGAACUAAACCUUAAAACCAAGAACUGGAAGGAGCUCCUUACAGAUGAACCAUUCACUAGGGAAGACCUAAUAACUAUACAAAAUCCAAAUGCACUCGACAGCAGGGCUCUCCUUGAUUUUGAUCACGUCAAAAAUAGUUUGAAAGUUGACGAUGAAGCAUUAAAAAGGAUGGAAUCAGAUCCCACAUAUAAUAUAAAUGUUACUGGGGAUAUCAAGCAGAUGCUAAAGGAACUUGGCACUGAACAAGCAAAGGAAAUUGCUCUGCAUGGUGGAGGUGGAAUCAAGGCAAAAAAUGAAAGAGCUGCUGCACUUGAGGCUAUAUUGGCUGCAAGGUCACGCAUAAAGGAUGAGUCCAAUGGGAAUGGUGAGUCAGCCAAGAAGGCUUAUAGUAUUGUGGAUGCUGCUUCUGCCUCUGUUCAUGGAAGAAGUGCAAAUUCUGCAAAGUCUGCUUCAGAUGAUAAAACAGCUGCUAGAAUAGCUUUGCACAUGGCGGGUGAGAGGACGCCAGUGAAUGCCAAGCUGGUAAAGAGUCGUUUUACCACUGGUGCUGCUUCGCGGUCCUUCACUUCUACUGCUUUUGAUCCUGUUACCCAAAAUGAGUAUGAGUACAUCAAAGUUGAGAAGAACCCAAAGAAGAAAGGCUAUGUUCGCCUGCAAACAACACACGGUGAUCUAAAUAUUGAGCUGCACUGUGAUAUAACUCCAAGAACAUGCGAGAACUUCAUCAGUUUAUGUGAACGUGGGUAUUACAAUGGAGUAGCUUUCCACAGAAAUAUAAGGAACUUUAUGAUUCAAGGUGGAGAUCCCACUGGGACUGGAAAAGGGGGUGAGUCGAUAUGGGGAAAGCCCUUCAAAGAUGAACUAAACUCUAAAUUGCUUCAUUCUGGAAGGGGUGUUGUUAGCAUGGCCAACUCUGGUCCUCACACAAAUGGUUCACAGUUCUUCAUCCUGUACAAAUCUGCAAAUCAUUUGAACUUCAAACACACAGUGUUUGGUGGAGUUGUAGGAGGUUUGACAACGCUUUCUGCCAUGGAGAAGGUCCCUGUUGAUGAUGAUGACCGACCUCUGGAAGAAAUCAAGAUAACUGAAGUAGAAAUAUAUGUCAAUCCUUAUGCAGAAUCUGAUGAAGAGGAUGAGAAGAAGAGUACUAAUGAGAACAAUGCUGAAGAUGAAGAAAAUGAUAAGGUUGGCUCAUGGUACAGCAAUCCAGGGACUGGAACUUCAGGGAGUCAAGGUUUGGGUGGUGGUGUAGGGAAGUACUUGAAAGCAAGGAAUUCACAGGUUGAGUCUACUACUGCUGUUGACAGCAGUCAACCCGCGGUUUCUGUGACAAAGAAAAGAAAAGUAGGUGUCUCAACAGGAGAAUAUAAAAAUUUUUCUUCGUGGUAAGAGUUGCAAUAACUGCUAACCUCCCUAGACAACUGAAUUUGCUUGAUGGGUUUAGCCAAUGUUGAUACAGUUUAGCUGCGAGGAUAAUGGAUGACUUGAACCCUGUAAAUGCAGAAAGUCUGUAUUUUAUGGUGUAUAAUGAUGCAAUUGAGAGUAUUUGUACAGAAUUUGUAGUAGCAAAGUUUAUAAAGACCUUGGUACUUGAGGCGUUUAUUUUAGUUUGAUGUUCCCAGUUUUGAUGGGUUUUUAGGAACUUUUGGGUGGAGUCCUGAUAAUGUAUUUCUUGCUUCCCAUUUCUAGUAGCUGAGGUUGAUUUAAUUGGAUGGGAAGUAUAAAUGGGGGAUCUGUGGAAUCAGUUGUGUGUGUUUAGUAGCCCGGACCUGGAGUAUCUUGAAAAAUGUUGCGGUGGUCCGGCCAUCAUGGAGCUGGAAGCAUCAUAAAGCACACAGCGGCUCUAGCAAAAGGUGAUGAGAAACCAGCAUGAUUGGCCCAGCAUUCCACGGAAGCAUGGCGCUCGGAAUUUCUUACUCCUUUGAGAGCCCAUACUGAUGCCUGCCGUUCCAGUUCCAGUUAUCAUGGACCGAACAUAACCUGCAUCUGCGUGCAUACUUUCAUUAUUGGUGGCAAAAGCCGUGGUAGUGGGCCACCUGACUCGCCCUGGACCGAGGGCUUGUCUUACAAAGUUUGUACUACAAAUGAUGACUUCUGCAAAGCUUAUCAUUCAGUUCUCAGGGGCCUGUUGACGUACGUCGCUGUGGCUCAUUUCUGUGUCUUCUUUUGCUUGGGUGUAUUUCGGCUGUUGCUUCAACUUCAAAUGUACAUUGAGAUUGGAUUGGAUGUAUACGACCGAGUAUGACAAUUUCUUACCCUUCUAAGUUUGAAUUGUUUGGAUUCAA